AUGAGCAGCAGCGCAGGAAAACGGUUGCGUGAGAAGUCCGCUCGCCCGCCACUCUUCUCAAACUGGACGUCUUAUCUACCAUCACCACUCUCGUCCAAUUCCUUGCAUUCUUUGCCAUCAUCAGAUACCUACAAACCGGACUCAUCAGCGACGUUGUAUACUUCCAUCGUGUCUACGUCCCAACAGCUCUCAGAAGAGUGGGUAUCAGACACGGACCGCAGACACCAGAGAGAUUUCCUCGCAGCCCUCAACAAACCGCUCCCGGUCCUCCCCGUCCCUACUGAAGUCCGUACUCCAGACGCGGAAGAAAUGGUCGAACAGAUCACUGAGUUGUAUCAAGACUCCUCUGCUUUGUCUUCUCCAAUCGAUCUGAUCAAGGAAAUCAUCCUCGACAUAAACGACGCCCUCACUCUCACCCAAGCACAGAGAGAACUUUUAAUCUUCAUAUCCCUGCGGCACGAACAAAUUCCGUUCAUAGACUACUUCGAGAGCCUAGUACGCCCAAGUUACGAGAAUACUCAGAGGGUUAAGCUUUUGAAGGGAGUAGCCAACGUACAAGAGCGAAACCUGCAACUUAUUUUGCAGAGCCAUAUUCCAGACCUCCUCGACCUUUAUCGAAUUUGCCCUAUUUCUUUUCCUGACAUACCCAGCCGCCUCCUCCCCUACGACUUCGAACACACCUUGCUUUGUGGCAUUGUGUUAAGAAAGAGGCCUCAUAAAGAACCCACCUACGAUAUCCCGUCCUCAUUUUUUACAUCCGACUACUACGACACCUACUCCGCCUCUCCUAGGAAAUCCCGUGACGGAGAAGAUUACACGACCGAAAUUGACGAUAUCCGAUAUGUUUCAGAAUACGUUGACGAAUAUUAUUGGAUCUUAGAAAUCCUCACACCAUUUGUCGUCAACCAACAAUCUGAUCAUCCCGAACGUUUCAUUGUUACCGUCCUCCAAAGCGACUUCUGGGCCGUUAUUAAUCAUAGCCCACAAACUCGUAUCUAUUCGCAGUACUCGUACACCUACCAAGGUCGAAGAGGAGAAGCAUCGCUCAUUCCGACGGUUGAACAGCUUUUCACACCUUGCGCAGAAAGGAUAGAACAAGAAACAGGAAGUUCGUUAAUGGAUAUAGUUGGAGGAGAAUCUAGCGACAAAACUGAGUCGGAAAGCGAAGAGUCUACUCAAAGCAUAGAGUACUGGAGGCCCUGGGAAGCAGAAGGAGGAGAUUUCCCUAAACCCCGUCCUCUGGUCACUCCUGACACACCUCCCCCACAAUCUCUAGGAGCUGCUGUGGAAGCUCUAGAACCCGACGAUCUGUAUCAAUCCACAGGACCGGAAAACUUUCCUCCCUCACCUCUGAGUCCAGAACCCAAAAACCAACCCGACGAUUGGUUCAAUCAGGAAUCUUUAGACCUUGAACCUGAUCUAGCAGCAGCAAUGACCGACGAAACAAAUCAAGGUAGCAAGGCUGUCCUUGCCACUCCUCCGUUCAAAUUCAUCGGUAAAAAGGAAAUGUAUGUUGACUGGAAGAACGCCCUAGCAAACUACUUUUUUGCCUAUCCCAGAAGUUUCCAAACCAACUCCUCCAAAAUCCUCUUCGCAUUAUCCCGAAUCUCGUCCGAUAAAGCCAAUGACGCCUGUCACACAUGGAAGGCAAAUUUCAACAACAAAACCGCAGUGCUAGGAGACCUAUUUGCACCACGGAAUUGGGGAACUAUCUCGGAAUUCAUCAAGGAAUUAGAUAACGAAUUCCUGGAUCCCCAUCUCAAGUUGAAAGCAGAAAUUGCCCUUCAUAAUUACGAACAGCGAGAAAUGACGGUAGACGCAUAUUUUGGAGGACUCGAAUCCAAACUUAUGGAAGCAGGAUUAUCACCAGACGCAGAUGAAAGUUAUCCGUUCAUUCACAGUAUCCUUCGCCGCAACCUCUCUCAAUUCCUUCGUGAUCGUAUCUCACAACAGGAAAACCUACCCAACACAUACUUAGAAUGGAAGGCAGCAGCGAGGAAAUGGGAACAGCGAAACGAAGAACUAAAUCUGGAAAGGAGGAAAGAUAAACCCCCUCAACAGAGGCUGCCAUUUCAGUACCAACGAUAUCAACCGCAUUAUCAACAGAACCAAAACUACCCCCCACCACAGCAUCGACAAACAGUACCGCAAACAGAGACGCAAAGACCACGGUAUAUCCAACAACGACCGUAUUAUACUCCAUCACAAAGACCACCGCCCCAGAAUGCAGUCCACCCAAACACAGCAGGAAUGUUUGGAGGAUCAGGUGUACCUAUGGAGAUUGGGAGUUCCAACAUGCAGAGACAAUGUCGGCCCAACCCGAAUGUUACUUGUUACAAUUGUGGCAAACAAGGCCACAUUGCUAGAAAUUGCCCACAUGGAAAGAUGGCAAUACAAUAUAUGGAAACGGAGGAAACCAGAGACACUCCCACUGCAUCAUCAUUAAAAGAAAUUGAAGCGCCUCCAAAGGAUUUUCAGAAAGGUCAGGAGUAA